AUGGACAACUCCUUUGUGGAAGAAGUGGCUGCAUCACUGGUGAGAGAAUUUCUCAGUAGAAAGGGUUUGAAGAAAACCAUCACCACCAUGGACCGAGAGCUUCCGCGUUCUGCACUUAGCAUCAAUAACAGGAAUGAACUUCGCAACGUCCUGCAUCUGCACUCCUUGUACAAACAGAACAAGGCAAAGGAGAACCCACUGAAAACACUUCUUGAAAUUAUUACCAAUUACUUCCUUGAGCACCGUGGGACUUCCAGAAGCAUCAGUUCAAGUUCUGCUCUGUCAGCUCCUCCAAGUAAGAGCUCAGCAUCUCAUCCACCUGACUUCUCGGAUGAAGACCAUGUGCGUGGGAGUGCCAUUAUGCUCGAUGAAAAUGAAACUCAAGCCUACAGAUAUGAUGUUGAGAAUCCACUAGAUAAAAUCCUUCCAUCCAGAAAACAUCAGCACAAAAGUGAAAAAUGCCGCACAGGGACAAUACACAAUGGCCACUUACCCUCUGAUGGGGAUAAGAAGUUAAAAGAAAGUGGAGAAGAGAUUUCUGAGGAGCUGAAAUCCACAGUAAAGGAGAAGCCAAGGCCCAGGUCUGGUCUCAUUGUCAGAGGAAUGAUGGCGGGACCAGUAGCAAGUUCACCAGAGGAUCUGCAAAAAAGGAGGCUUUCAAAACAAUCCACUAGCAUAAGCAGCACAGCACACUUCAAGGGUGAAGAACAUGAAGAAAACGACCUGAGUGUCCCAAGUACUGAUUUUCAAGAAAGCAAAGGAUCUUCAAUACAAGUAGAUAUGGAGUUUUCAUCAAAGACUUUGUCAAGCUCACACACACGUUCAGCCUCUGAAAAACUAAGAAGCAUCUCCAAAGAUACAGAUGACUCUUUUGCCAAACUGCUAUCUGAAAGAGAGAGGACUGAAACAGAAGAAAGAAAAUCAAUUCCAAGCUUUGGUACAGAAAGCAAUGAAAAAAGCCUUAAAGUGAGUGGCCCUCACAGACAUUCAGGGUCUGGAAGAGAGAAAAGAGAAAGAUCCCUCAGGAAAAGUGAGAGUCGGUUGUCAGGCCACAGGAAGUCUCCAACAUCCCCCUGCUAUAAAGAAGACCAGGUGAAAGAUGUCCUAGAAUUAGUUGAUGUUGAGGAUGAGGAAACAACUGGAGAAGUUAGUAAGAACCUGGAUCUUUCAACACUGUCUAUGCUUCAAGUAGCAUCAAAAGCAAUUGAUAUUUCUCUUGCAAAAGAAUUAAAAAAUCUUUUGUUUGGCUCUACUCUUUGUUGCUUCAGUGAAGAAUGGAAAAUACAGAGUUUUACAUUUAAUAACAUACCACAGUUAAAAUACGGCAUUGUGCAAAAAAAGGGUGGCCCAUGUGGAGUACUGGCUGCAGUUCAAGCUUGUGUCCUACAGCAGCUUAUCUUUGCAGACAGUAACAGGAAUAAAGACACUCGUUGUCUUCAGCCUUCGGAAGUGCACAGGACCAAAUGCCUCACCAUGGCUCUUGCAGACAUAUUGUGGCGUGCAGGAGGUGGUGAAAAAGCAAUUGUGGCACUGCCGUCAGGAAGACAGCAGUUCACUCCCAUAGGAAAAUACAAGGCAGAUGGAAUCUUAGAAACUCUAAUACUACAUAGUGCCACAAGAUAUGAAGAUCUGAUUGUAUUUCUUCAGCAGAAUAUUCACCAGUUUGAAACUGGUCCCUGUGGAUGCAUCCUUCUGACUGUGUCUGUCAUCUUAUCAAGAUCUAUCAAUCUGGUGCGCAAUGAUUUUGAUGUGCUUACAAACCGAUUAAUUGGCAGCCAUGGCUAUUGUACUCAGGAGCUGGUGAACUUGCUUUUGACUGGCAAAGCUGUGUCCAAUGUUUUCAACAAUGUGAUAGAGCUGGACUCGGGAAAUGGCAAUAUCACAAUUUUGAAAGGUAUCACAAGCCGCAGUGACAUUGGUUUGCUGUCUCUCUUCGAACACUAUGAUGUUUGUCAGGUUGGUUGUUACCUGAAGACCCCUAAAUACCCAAUAUGGUUGGUAUGCAGUGAAAGUCACUUCAGUGUGCUUUUUUGUUUGGAAAAGGAUUUACUAGCUGACUGGAAAACAGAGCGGAGAUUUGAUCUAUAUUAUUAUGAUGGCUUGGCCAACCAGGAAGAAGAAAUACGGUUAACAGUUGACACAACUCAGAUGUGCACUGAAGAUAAAGAAAACGAUCUUACUCCUCCACUUGAGCACUGUAUUAGGACAAGGUGGCAAGGAGCUGUUAUUGACUGGAAUGGCACAGAACCAGUCUUGUGA